AUGGAGUGGGCAUCGAAAUGGAGCAGCGCAAAACGAAGGCGACGGACAGCUGUUUUCCGGAUCCUUCUGCUGGUUCUGAUCGUUUGGUUCUGUUACGACACAGCGAUCCAUCGAUCUCAAGCGCGGCAGAAUACAGCGAAUGCAGCGAAUGCGGCAGUUGGUGAAUCAACGACAGACUCAUCCCUCGAAUCGGACGAUAGCAGUUCCCUGCAAAAGAUCCCCCGUCAAAAAAGCGACGAUCGCCAGCUUCAGGCUGCCCUUCACCCACCCCACGAUGUUAAAGCGACAGGAGUGGCCGCAGUAGACCCUCCGCGCCGGAUAGACCUGCGGGAUGCACUUCAUCGCAUUUUAACAUUACUUCCCGAUGAGCUCCACGUCCGCGACCUCCUCCGGCCCAUUGCAGGCACGGGCGAAGAAAGACUGCGCGAAAUGGGUCUACGGACGCGUUCUUUCAGGACUCUCUUCGAGGCCUGGGAGGAUCUCCACACUUUUGCUGGUCCUGAAGCCAUGUAUGUCCGCGAUGACAUGAUCACGUAUAUAAGAAAUCAUCCAGAACUGGCGAGCAGCCUGCAAACCGACAUGCCUCAGUUGGUUCGCUCCUACGAGACCUACCGCAUGGUCAUUACUCGAUUGUCGAUGCUUCUUUUCCCGUGGACCGCUCCAUAUUUCUCCGACCAUACCCUCCUACACUCGCAGCUAUAUUCCGGUGGACGUGGCCUCGUCUUUUCAGCCGGUGACGCCCAAGCCCCAUUCCUUUUGACCUCGAUUCCUUCCAUUCGGCGACUCGGAUGCGAUCUGCCUAUCGAAGUCCUGUACCUCGGGGACGGUGACCUGAGCGAGGAUUUCCGCUCAGAUUUGGAGUCUCUGCCAGGAGUGAUUACACGCGACUUGAGUCAAAUGGUUAAUGACAGUGGGUGGACUUUGGCGGGCUGGGCGGGCAAACCGUUCGCCAUCCUGCUUUCGAGCUUCCGCGAAGUCAUAUUCAUCGACGCCGAUUCCCUGUUCUUUCAAAACCCCGAAAUGCUCUUUGAGGACCCGGCGUACGUCAAGACUGGCGCAUUGUUCUUCAAGGAUCGGCUUAUGAUGCCAGAAGCGAAGAAGCGCUGGCUGCAGCGGAUCAUUCCGAAGCCAAUCUCCAAGAAUGUCGUUCAGAGUCGGCUUUGGACUGGAGAAAGCGGCCACAUGCAAGAAUCCGGAGUCGUUGUCGUCGAUAAAUGGAAGCAUUUUGUCGCUCUUCUGUUGGUCACUCGAAUGAAUGGGCCCGAUCGCGAUGGUGAUGCUUCUGUGGGGAAGGUGGGAGUGUACGACAUGGUAUACGGCGAUAAAGAAACCUUCUGGCUUGGUUGGGAGCUUGCUGGAGACACGGGAUACGCGUUCCACGACGGUGAUGCCGGUAUCAUGGGUGUGCUUGAACCCAGUACUUCCCCAGGUAACACAGUCAACGACAACGACACCAGCAGCAAUCAACCCGAUGAAGUCAGCAUCCAGUCUCAGGCGGAGUCUGCCAACUAUACGAUAUGUGGCCCCCAGUUGCUUCACCUGGAUCGUGACGGAAAGCCGCUCUGGUUUAACGGGUGGCUAUUGCCGAAUAAAUUCGCCGAGCACAAGCAUCAGAAACCAGCAGACUUCGAGGCCUAUCUCCGUGAACCGCGAGAGAUUGGAGAUCCCGGAGCGUGGCAACUCCAUGAGAACAACAUUUGCUGCCUCACAUCUACGACAAUGGCGGAAUUUAGCGAUGUGGAACGGGAUACGCUGGGCAUGAUUCUCGAAUAUGGCAGACACUCUGGUGCCUUGAAAGCUGGAAAGAAAUAA